AAGUCUGGGAUAGGUCUACGCCUUGCUUAAUUGGUCAUAAGUGAGCUUGAGUGCCAGCAAAAACCUCAUCUGACACUAUUGAACAAAUCGAAACUGUGCCGUGAUCCUCCGUCGGUCCGAUUCGGUAGCUCACGGUAGUUGGCCCCAGUGAUAUAGGCAGGUGGUGGUUCCAGUGAUAGUAGCCAUUCCGCCGUGCGGUCGAUAGCAGCUGAUUUGUUCUUAUCGUGGUGCCCGGAAGAGAUAUGAACGACACGAGCCAGAAAGAAGCGUACAUCCGCGACACGCUCAUACCGGACCUGGUGGAGCGAGGCGUUCUAACCAUCGCCUCGCCUGGCGAACGGAGCGCGCGCCUGAAAUCGGUCGAAGUGAAACAGCUCGUCACCAACGGGUUUAUGUUGACGAUCCCCUUCAAGGUUACUGCCGUGUUAGAGGAGAAGAAGAACCGCGGCGGUGAUGGUGACCCCCGAACCGAAACGCUUCAUCUGGUGGUGAAGAUAACGCCCGAGUGCACCGAGGAGAUCUACCACAGCUGCCAGUUUGACACACUGUUCGAGAACGAGAUGAUCGCCUACACCGAAAUCAUUCCGGCGCUCGGCAAAGCCGAACUCUACCCAAGGUACUACCACUGCGCGCGCAAACCGGCGGAAGCAUUAAUGGUAAUGAGCGAUUUUUCCUUUUCCGGUUGGAAAAUGGCACCGAUGGUUGUCAACAUGCCGCUGGACUACGUUAUGCUGGCAGUGAAGGAAUUGGGUCGCUUCCACGGCGAGUGUUACGGCAUGAAGUUGGUCCGGCCCGAGCAGUUCGUUCGGAUUCGACAGAAAUUCAAAGAGUCCCGGUACGCGGCCGCAAUCACCGAUCGGACGUGGCUGACCGCCAUGGCUAUUGCAGGGCGGCGUGCGCUCAAGUCUUUCGCCGAGAGCCGCUUCAGUGGUCGGGUACCGUCGGAGUACCUGGAAAAGAUCGGCCGCCUCUUCGCGGAUCCGUGGGCGCACUCGAAGCGAAAGGUGGAACCCCGGGAACCGCUGGCCGUCAUCUGCCACGGGGAUUACCUGCGCAACAACAUGGCCUUCCGGUACGAUGAUGCGAAGAACCCCGAGAAGCCUACUCAGGUGAUGAUGUUUGACUUCCAAACCCUGCGCUACGCCUCACCGAUGAUUGAUUACACCGCGUUCUUGACCAACUCGACUGGAUACGGCGUGCGGGAGGACCACUUUGAGGCCAUUUUCCGAACGUACCACAGCGAGCUGGUGCACACGGUCGCAAGGAUAGUCGGCGUGAAGGAUCCGGCCGACCUGCCCCCACACUUCAGCUACGAAUCUUUUCACCGCGAGCUAGCCGAACACUAUUCGUACGGAUUCAGUAUCGCCUCGUCGUUCCUGAUGGUGCUACACGAGCCGAUGGAGAUGUGCUUUACCGACCAGACCUUUAACCUGGAGGAAGCGGAAGCGGAUGCGUGGAACCGUGGCGGCGAACCGCUCAACCGGGAGCUGGCCGCCAUGGUGUACGAAAUGUACCAACUGCACUCCCGGUACGGGCUCGACCCGUUGUAACCCUGCCGUCGGGGGGCCCCGUGGCUCCGGCACGGAUCGAAGGAAAAGUAUUCGACCACCGUGACCACGGCACGCGAUACACGGAUUAAGGAGUCGUUCAAGGACGAAGGCCCCCUGGUCACGAUAUGCCCGAAAUCGGCGGAGAACACCGCGUAGACAUUAAUCAAAGUGAUUGGUGCAAAACAUGGUCGAAUGUAAGCGUAACAAUUAUG